AGCUCUGCAGUCUGUGUCCGGACCGGUCCGCACACAGACACCCGAAGAAGAGAGGAAAGCAGAGAUUCAGGAAGUAAAUAAACGAGGAAGUGCAGCGUUUGACUUCGGAAUUAGCUGCACCUGAUUUGGACAGAACCAGGUUGUGUUUAUUUGAAACUGCUUUCUCCCUUUGGACUUCAGAAUGUCAAAGAACACCGUAUCUGACCGGUUCCGAAAGGUAGACGUCGACGAAUACGACGAGAACAAGUUUGUGGACGAUGAAGAGGGAGGGGAGAACCAGACCGGUCCGGACGAGGCGGAGGUGGACUCGCUGCUGAGACAAGGGAACCAGAACGGAGCGCUCCGUGCAGUCUUGAAGAACCCUCCAGUCAACUCUAAGAACCAGAAUGCCAAAGAACGAGUGCAGCAGUUGGUGGUCAGAGUGCUCUGCAGCUUUAAAGGGAGCGACAUAGAGAAGAGUGUGAGCUCUUUGGACAAAGCUGAAGUGGACCUGCUGAUGAAGUACAUCUACAAGGGCUUUGAGAAGCCGUCUGACAAUAGCAGCGCCACCCUGCUGCAGUGGCACGAAAAGGUUCUAGCGGUGGGAGGCGUCGGCUCUAUCGUCAGAGUUCUGACUGCCAGAAAGUCAGUCUGAUCCUCCCUGAACCAGCAGGCUCCAGCAACAACUGGACUUAAUCUCCAUACCAGAGCCAGGUGUCUUCCAUCUUCCCUCUUUUAGCUCUGGUGUGCUGGCGUCGCCGCCUGCUCCUGAGCUCCGCUUUGCUCUGGGAGCGCCCUCAGCAGGUCUGCUGAUGAACUGCAGGGUUCCCCUCACUUCUCCACCAGCUUCUGGGAACUGAGGCCGCUCUGCUGCUCCCCUCCUUUCGUCCAGUGCACUCCAGGACUGGACCCAAACUUCUGAACACACUUCUUUAACUCUUUUUACUUUUCUACUGUCUCCAACUUUGAAACUGUUUUUUUAUCUAAAGAAAAUGGGAAAAAUAAAGCCUGUGAAAAUCCUGA